CAAGAGUAGGGAUUGGUUGGGAUGAAGGGAAAUCCAGAAGCCGAAUCCGUACUAAGGGAUCGACCCUUCCAACCAAAGGCAGAAGCAAAGGCACCAGCAGAUGUCGAUUUACCAAGCGAACUUCGAGAAUUCCGAGGCCACAUUGAAGUGACAGAUGAAGCUCAAGUUGAAGACCCAGCAAAAGCCCACUUCAAAUCGUGGAUCGAAGCCCAGAGCGAAACGCAACCCCAAUAGCCUCCGUCCGAAUCUCCAACUGGUGAUGCAGAGAGUGACAAUGACGUAGGUCAGCUGCCCCGUGUCGAAAAUAAGGUCUCUAGUACAGUGCC